AAAUUUGUGAGGACGCCACCUACCGCAAAGCACAUAUAGUUCAAAGUAAAAGGAUAUAUAAUUCAAAAUAAAAGAACGUACAAUUCAUAAUCAAGGUUGGCCUAAUUGGUUAGAGGUCCUUCUUCCAUCUGUAUGAAGGGUUCGAUUCUCGCCUCUUGCAAUUUGGGGAUGCCAACUGCCAAGUCAACCACAAUUAUUAUCAUCAAUUCAGCAGAAGAGCAAAAUCCCAUUUCCCUCCACAAAAAUGCAAACAGUAUAUUUGAAGCACCUCUUCCAUCUCUCUCUUUUCUCUCUCCUCUUCUUCACUAGCAAAGCAACCUAUGACCCAUCAUUAACAUCAUCAUCAACAUCAUUAAUAAUUUCCAGAUUCCAAGAAUAUCUUCGAAUCAACACUGCCUAUCCAAAUCCCAAGUACUAUGAAGCUGUUGAAUUCAUCUUAUCUCAAGCAAAAUCCUUAUCACUUGAAUCCCAGAUUAUUGAAUUUGUUAAAGAUAAGCCAUUAGUUUUGCUCAAAUGGCCUGGAAAAGACUCAAAAUUACCUUCAGUCCUCCUUAAUUCUCACACUGACGUCGUUCCAGCUGAACCCCAUAAGUGGACCCACCACCCUUUUAGUGCGCACAUUGAUUCUCAUGGCAAUAUUUAUGCCAGAGGUUCUCAGGAUAUGAAAUGUGUGGGUAUGCAGUAUUUAGAAGCUAUUAGGAAGCUGAAGGCUUCUGGGUUUGAGCCCACUCGUACUAUCUAUUUGUCAUUCGUGCCGGAUGAAGAAAAUGGUGGACUUGAUGGGGCUGAGAAAUUAGCCGAGUCUGAUGUGUUUCAGAGAAUGAAGGUGGCCUUUGUGCUUGAUGAGGGAAUGCCAUCACCAGAUGAAAACUAUCUGGCAUAUUAUGCAGAGAGAUCACUGAUGUGGCUGGUGAUUAAGGCUACAGGGGCACCUGGGCAUGGGGCAAAGUUGUAUGACAAUACUGCAAUGGAGAAUGUGUUGAAGAGUAUUGAAAGUAUACGGAUAUUCCGGGAUUCACAGUUUGAUUUAGUAAAGGCCGGCCUGAAAGCUGAAGGGGAUGUGGUUUCAGUAAAUAUGGUGUUUCUGAAAGCUGGCACACAGACUCCUACGGGUUUUGUCAUGAAUUUGCAACCUUCUGAAGCUGAAGCAGGCUUCGACAUUCGGGUUCCACCAACAGCUAACUUAGAAUCGCUUGAAAAACGUAUCGCCGAGGAGUGGGCCCCUGCUUCACGCAACAUGACAUUUGAGUUUAUUCAGAAGGAUCCUUUGCUUGAUAAAUUCGGUAAGCCAAUCCUCACAGUUGCUGACAGCUCGAAUCCCUGGUGGUUCCUCUUUGAAGAAGCCAUUCGGAGUGCUGAUGGAAAAGUUGGAAAGGCAGAAAUUCUCCUUGGCUCAACUGAUGCUAGUUUCUUUAGACAACGAGGCCUGCCAGCUAUAGGAUUCUCUGCUAUAGCAAAUACUCCAGAACGAGUUCAUGAUCACAAUGAGUUCCUAAACCAAGAGGAGUAUCUGAAAGGAGUUGACAUAUAUGAGUCAAUAAUCAAAGCUUAUGCAUCGUAUGCUGCACAUACAGAAGCUGAAGCUUCGAAAUACGAGUUGUAAUAGAAGAGCAAGCAAGCUUAACUCAGAAAACUGGAUAUUAUCCCACUGUUGGUCGUCAUGAUCUCAUCCUGUAGUGCCUCCAUUCAGAUAAAUUAUGGAUCAGAAACUAGUUCUCUCAGGAAAGGACUCGGUGUUCUCUUUCCUUCUUUAAGACUUGGGCAAAUAUCUUGAAGUGAUUGUAAGGGUGUGUAAAUUCAUCACUUAUGCUCAAACUAACAGGAAUCCUUAAUGUUUUACGUACUAGGAAUAAAAAGGCAUGUAUAGUUCUCUAAUACUACUCUUUUCUAUCAGUAACUUUGUGAUAUAUGUUCAUAGACGGUGGUCGUAUUUGAUUGUUGGUUAUUUCACUUGGCUAGCAUCACUAGUUGUCUGA